CCACCACCACCAUCGUCAUCAUCUCAAGCCUGCAUGCACUUGCCUCUUUUGCUGAAACACCUGUCCCAUCGCUGCGUCAUUUAUCACUAGCAACGCGCAAGCACGCAUUCGCCCCCCCCAAAGAUGCUGCUACCCAUUUUGGGCCUGUUGACUCUCAUCUUUGCAAUCGGCUUUCAACUCGUCUUGAGCCCUUUGCUGGCCAACUUGGGAAUCAUCAAACGACAAGUGGAGAGUGUGAAUAAUGCAAGAUGUCGAAAGAUUGAUGCUCUGCAAGCUUGCGAGCACACGUGGUUGCACGAGCCAAGCGGCUUGCUUUACGCCGCCUGCUCGGAUCCUGUCAAGAGGAGUUAUUGGACACCCGCCAACAACAAGCGCGAAGUGAAAGAACGGCCGCGCAACGACUAUCUGGCGAUAUACGACACGAAUGCCGGCACGACUCGAAAAGUGUCGCUGGUCGACUUUGCGUCGGCGGGCAAUCAUGGACAAGCAGAGAUCAAUGUACAUGGAUUCGACAUUCAUGUGGGCGAGCAGAGUGCAGAUGUUGCGCCAAGGCUGGACAUUUUUAUGAUCAAUCACCGACCACCUCUGGGCGAAGGAGGAAUCGAACUGGAUGCGAACAAGGUGGGAGCCAACUCCACCAUUGAGCAUUUCACUUCGAAUCUUGGAGGACGUGAGGCGCAAUACGUCAAGACUUACUUUGACGAAGAGAUCAUCACCACGCCCAACUCGGUCGUAGCGACAUCUUCCAACAGCUUCUUGUUCACAAACGAUCACGGCAUCGACAAGGCUUCGCCUUUGCGCCUCUUGAAUCCCUUUGUGCCGCUGUCCAACAUUGGAUAUUGCAAUGCGCGCAGAGGAUGCAAAGAGGCCUACUCUCCGCUCACCUUUGCAAACGGAAUCACGAGAGGCACAGCGCAAGAUCAGUACUGGGUAGCAUCUAGCGCUGAUGGGCUUUUCAAAUCCUUCGAGUUGCAAGCGGACGGAUCUUUGGUGCUGGGCGAUUCGGUCAAGGUGGGCAUGUCGGUGGACAAUCUUUCGACGGACAGCAAAGGUUCCAUUUGGGCCGCUGGCCUGACCAAGGCUCUUCAAUCCGUGCACUACAUGAACGAAUUUGGAGCGAUCAAAAGCAGCGAUGCUGCUGCUGCUGCCGCCGCCAAAGCUCCAUCGACGGGGUGGAAAUUGAGCUUGAAUGAUGGGAAAGAUGCAUUGUUUGGACAGAAGUGGAAGGUGGAGAAAAAGUUCGAGGAUGAUGGGAGUGUGGCGCCGGCUCUCACUAUGGUCGUGCACGACGCUACGAGGAACAAGCUCUUCCUUUCCGGUCUAUCCACGCCCUUUAUUCUUUCUUGCGACAUCUACGAAUGAGCAUCCAGGCAGGCCAAGCGUGGUGAGACCUUGAGGUGCGGAUUUCAAAGAAGGGAGGGG